CCUGUUGCUGUCAACAAAGCGCGCCACCGAUCCGUCCACUGCUCCAGCUCAUCCCGCAAACAACGAAAACAACCCGUCCGGCCAUAACUUCAUGGACGUCGGUAGCUCGACGACCGCAAUCGCUCGCGCGCAACGGCGGAUGAAACAUUGAAUGAAAAUUUGACCGUGUCCUGCGCCCGACAAGAUGGUCGUCGUGGUUGCGCCACCUCCCUCCCUCUCCCCGGACGUCGUGACUCUGUUCUACGUCGUCGACGACCUGCUGGCGAGAUCGCCGAUUCUCAUCUUCUAUGGCCCGUCAAGCACGCCGACCGCCGCCGCGAACAACUCGCGCAUUCAAGCCCACGUUUUCACUGCAGCCGGCUUUCAGUCGUAUCCUCGCCUGACCGUGUCGCCCAGCUCUCCGCUGUACUCGGCCGUCAAUUGCUUGCCGAGAGAGGAGCAAGGCGACGACAUAUGCCGCGGCCUUGCAUACAGCUUGUUCAAGUACUUCUCCGAGCUCCCAGCGAACGUCAAGCAGCAAUGGGAGGCGCAGUCAUCCACGGUCGCUGGCCUGCGCUCUGCGCCCACCCUAUUCAGCGACGCGCACGCAGCCAUCAUUGCGCAACGCAUGGUCAAGGUUGACAACCUGGCAGACGUCAUCUCAGAUGUUCGUCAGGCCCUGGCGGAGCAGUCGGUCUCCUGGCUGGAUGUCGACGUGGUGAUGCCGCCCGGAUCAAUGAAAGAGCUGGACAUGGGCGGUCGAGACUCCAUUCUUCCCGACCCGUCCGAAGAGGAUGUCAACCGCUACCGCUUUGGCGAGUACGCGCCCAUCGUCGAGCUUUUUGGCGAAGCAGCCUUCCUGCCGACCUCGCGGAUAAAGCGUCGCCCGUCCAAGCCCACGCUGCAGAAUCGCAACGGAAACUUCACGCGAGCGCAGAAGGAAAGUGUCAGACGGGAGUUCUGUGAGCUCCUCGACACGGAGGAGAACUAUGUUGGCAAGCUGUACGAUCUGGUGCACAGUGUCGCGGCCGACUUUAGAGAGAAGGCGAAGGUCAAAUCGCCCACAAGCUCGAGCCCAAGCGCGGAAGCAUUGGAAGGCCUGUUCCCUCCCAGCCUGGACGAGAUUCUAAAGGUCAACUCGGCCUUCUUAGAUGAUUUGAGACGCGUCGUCGAAGAGACAGAGAAUGAUGCCAUCAACGAUAUUGAAAACACGCCGGAUGGGGGCUCAGUCAUGCCCCAGGUGCCUAGUCGAACAGAUGUCACUGGCACUUUGUCACUGGCAGCAUGUAUGCGCAGCUGGUUCCCUCAAUUCGCUCAGUGCUACACAGAGUAUACAAAGGCGCACUCUCAAAUGUCCUAUCACCUCCGACAGUUUAUGCGCGACGCCGGCUCGAGCUUCUCUCAGCGCAUGCAGGAGACGGGCGAGCAGCGCUUGAUGUCUAUGCUCAUCGAGCCGGUGCAGCGGCUUCCCCGCUACAAUUUGUACAUAGACAACAUCCUCAAGCAACUCCCCGCGCGUCAUGCCGCCGUCAAAGGCCUUCUUAAGGCUAGGGAUUUGAUCUCGGACAUCUGCUCCCACGAUGUCACCAACGCUGGGCCCGAUCAGAUUUUCGAGAGGCUGCAAAGCUUCGUCGCUGCCUGGCCUCUGGCUUGUCGUCCGACCGGCCGUUUGAUCACGGCAGUCGACGCGGUUGAGCUAGCAGCCCCGUACAGAAGCGAAGUUUAUGACUCCAGAGCUAUCUUCUGCAUCAUGCUACUUUUUACUGAUCAGCUUGUCGUCCUUCGAAAGACCUCGAAGCAGGUGAUUGCGGCUCGUGGCUUUCUGGCUCAGUUGGACGGCACGGACGUUUUGCGCAACGAUCUGAACGUGGGAGACCUCGUUUACAAAGAUUCGUUCCCAUUGAGUGCCUUCGACGUUACCGAAAUGAAUGAAGGCAAACAACUUCAGCUGAUUUUAACAAGGCCCAAUCUGCGACAGUCUGUGAGCUCUCGGCGGUCGGGCUCUUCCCGUCCUGGAUCCCCGCGUGGAGAUGCUUGCAUACACGUAUACCACCUUGGGGGUUCAUAUGAGUCAAAAGCAAGCCGCUUCAUGGAAGAACUUGUGAAGGCUCGUGUUGAAGGCAGAUUCACAGAGGCUGAACGGGAGAGUCCCAAAUGGGAGGUUCACAGUGCCGCAGCACCCGAUCUUUCGCUUUUCAGCGCUGUGUUCGAGGACAGACUUGGUUUAACAGAGAGACCGACGACUUCACGCGUACGUAUUGUCAUAGACCCUAUCAAACACGUGGAGAUAGUCCGGCCCGGUCAGAAAGACGUCGAGAUUGCUGCUACCCUGACGACAAUUAACGAAGGGUUUUACAAGCUCGAUAUGGUUGGCGCGAACGACUUUGUCACGAAGGACCAUCUUACUGCCAAAGAGUUCCUGCCCGUCCUUGCGAAGAGGCUGAACAAUUUCUUGCAAAUGCAGAGUCAGAUCAAGAAUCCCGCGUUGGUGUCGGUGUUGCUGCAGCGUAAUCAAACAAUCUUGCAAUCUCUUAACGUCGUCCUCGACGAUUCGUAUCAGGACAUGGCCCAGGGUCGUAGCAGUAGAUCACAGCAGUCGCCCGUCAAGCUGCUGUCCAGCAUCUUUGGGGGUAGUAUCAAUCGUGAGCCAGGAAGCUUGCGCAAGCACAACUCGACGAAAUCAGAGUCAGGCCUAGGCGUCGUUCCUCAAUUCCGACCUCCUCAGCCCACUCGACGCACAUCCCGCGACCUUCCGUCCAAGCCGAGCACGCCGACUGAAGUCGUAUCAGCGGCUGCAGACGCGCUGGCAAAACUGGAGCAGACCUUGUCGAGCUACAUCCUGGCUCUUCAAGCGCGCAAGGGAAACAUUGUCGGCAGAGUGCUCCGCAUGCGCGGCGCAGCGGAUGAGCUGACGGUCAAUGAGCUCUACAAUGCCCUGCUUGAGGAUCCCACAAACUACGAAAUCGUGGCGCAGGCCUCGGUCGAUGUCCUCUUCUGCGCUUUCGAGAAAUUUGUCAAGAUAGCGUGGCACGACAGAAUCGGUCCCAUCAUUUCGCCUGCAUUAUGGAAGCAGAUCCAAGCCAAGCUCGACACUGCGUAUCCCAGCGACUUUGAAGACUUCUUCCGCGGCGCUUUGAGCGACCUUUCGCCUCAGAACCAGCGAGCGUUUCGUGCCUGCGUGAAGUUGCUCGUCGAGCUGCUGGAAGGCACGGGCAACGAUGGCGACCGCGGCAUGAUCACAGCAAGUUUUGCUGAAGUCCUGGUUCCUGAGGGCGACCCAGCGGAUUUUGUCUCUGUCCUUGAUCGGUUAGUCGAGGAUGUCGAUCCACUGCUCGACAACAGUAUGAUGAGUAACUUCACCACGCCUCAUGGCUCGGUAUCUGAGGCCACGGUGAGUCGUCACCGGAACCAAAACUCGAUCUCGUUGUCUUCCAACACGUCGCUGCGCAAGAAAUUUGGUCUGAGUGCCUUGACACGCAAAACGAGCAAGCGCGACGAAGACGAGAAGACGGACGUCGGAUCGGUGUGGCGUGCGCUCAGCAAGUCCAAGAGCGACGAUAAAUCCGGCAGCAUGUCGAAGGCCGCUCCUCUCACACGGUCGAACUCCACGGACGUCCCGACGGGCUUCUCUCCCAAACGCCCUGUGUCCCGCGAUCGCCCCACGGUUCUUGGGGCAUUCAACUUUGAGAACUCACCACUGGCUACCAUCGGAGAGUCCGUUCCCAUCGGUCCGCCGCGGAAGAAGCGUCGCAGCUCGUUAUCUGACUUGGCAACUCUGCAAGCCUCAGCUGGGAAUACACCGAGCUUCGUCGGCGGCCCGACAACGCCUACAGCAAAGAGGUCCUUCAUUCCAGCGCCUAGUCCAGCCACGCCAUCGCCGUCCAAACCAUCUCUACUGCCAGCACCGAUCAUCUCGAGUGGGAACAGCCCCCCUAGACGGGAAGGAUCGCCAUCGCGCGCGUUGCCUCGGCCGCUCAAUGUGCGCAAAAAUAGCACGCCAUCCGCAAAAUCGGACGAAGUUGCCGUCACUCCUGCACAUACGCCUGGCCAUCGGCGGGCAAAGUCGUCCGUUUCCGGUAUUCCCAAGCUUCGUACGCCAGUUCCGGGGCUUUCGGAGCGGCCAAAUUCGGCCAACGUGCGUAAACUGCCUCCCCAGCCGGCCGGUCAGAGCUCUCCAGAGAAGCCAGUCAUGAAGCUCAGGAUGCAAAGUCCUCAGAAGUUGCGGGAGCGCGUGCAAAAUAACCAGAAGAUUUUCGAAAGUGCGGGCGCUGCGUUCCAGGAGGAGAUUGCCAAGAUCACGGAAGAGAUCAACAGCUCGCGCAGGCCUGCAUCCGUAUCCAACACAAGCUCGCUCGAAGCCAAGGUCGCGGCUUUGGCGGACAGUCAUGCGAGCAUGAUGGCGGAUCUGACGUCGAAGCUCGAAGGGCUGUCCAAGGACAUCGAUUCCAGCCUCCAAGUUUCGGAGUCGCGAUACAAGAAACUCGACGAUCUGUGGAAGGAGACCAGCGCAGAGAACGAGGCCCUGUAUUCCAGAUUCAACGAGGAGCUUGCCAAAUUAUCUGGUCAGAUCCGGCGAGGCGAAGGGAUCGAGGAGUUGCGGAAGCGUUUUGUAGAGGUGCAAGAUGAGAACGCGAGGUUAAGAAAGGAGAACCAGCGCUUGAGGAGAGAGAACGUCGGGCUGAAAGCGCAGCUGCGGGAGUAAGCUCGACAUACUACAUGAGCGUCGUGAUUCACUGAACGGUCUUACCCGUGGACGGUGGGCUUGACGAGGUUAUUCUUGUAUUCUUUUUUGCAUUCAGCCACGGCGUUGGGGAUGGGGCAGCAACCUCUGCUAUGGGAACAACAGGCACUGCAUAACGGCAGCAGAUCAUGACCCGAAUACCCUCACAAGGGCUCACAUAGCAAUGUAUGAAUAUGCGUUCAUCUUUCUACACA